AGUGAUCCGCCCCCACUGUUUCAGCGGCUCAGCUCUGAUGCUCUACUCGUUGCUCAAACUGGGUGCUAAGAUGGUAUCUUAUCUCGUCUUACUUUAGGUUUCCGCUCACGCCAACAGUCACUUCCUCGUUUGAUGGCUGAAGUUUUACGAAUAUCCUAAGCUUUUUCUUAGUUUCUCCUUUCUUCGAGUCUUCACCGGGGAUGAAGCUAACAGGCUAGCAGCAGUAGGUGAUGAUAUUGUUGGCGUUGCGGUUAGCUCACUAGCUUCAUCUUUUUAUCCGUGGCUAAUGGUAAGGAAGAGCAGCGCGGUGUCACAUUAACCGGCUUAGAGCUACUUUCCUACACUUGUGUUUUAAAUUCUUCAGUAAACCAACGGGGCAAACGAGUUCAACACAACGGAGUGUUGCCGUGAAAGACUUUUUAAUACGAAGAAGAAGAAGAAAAAUAAUCAAACAGCUGAAACAGCAGCAGCUAGCCGGCUAGCUGCCUUUGCUGAACGGAGGAGACGGGUUCUUAGGAGAAAGGGAAGCCUGUAAUGGCCAACGAGCCGGUUAUUCUGAACGUGUAUGACAUGUACUGGAUCAAUGAGUUCACUACCUCUCUGGGUAUCGGGGUCUUUCACUCAGGGAUUGAGAUUUAUGGCAGAGAGUUUGCUUAUGGAGGGCAUCCAUAUCCAUUUUCUGGCAUUUUUGAGAUAACGCCUGGCGAUGCCACAGAGCUCGGGGAGACAUUCAAAUUCAAAGAGGCUAUCGUGCUUGGGAGUACAGACUUCACAGAGGAGGACAUAGAGCGGAUCAUAGAAGAGCUAGGGAAAGAGUACAAGGGUAACGCGUACCACCUCAUGCACAAGAACUGCAAUCACUUUUCCUCAGCGCUGUCAGAGAUCCUGUGUGGACGCGAGAUUCCACGCUGGGUGAACAGACUGGCCUACUUCAGUUCAUGUGUGCCCUUCCUACAGAGCUGCCUGCCUAAAGAGUGGCUGACUCCAGCAGCACUGCAGUCCAGCGUGAGUCAGGAGCUGCAGGGUGAGCUGGAGGAAGCCGAGGAUGCUGCUGCCUCCGCCUCGGCCUCCACACCUCGUCCCAGCCGACACCAGCCACGCCGAUAGGUCCAACUGUCAUGACUGACGGGUCUCACAGACUGCCUCAAAACUCCUGCUGCCAACAGAGCCCACUCCUUCCAGUGACAGACCUGCGAUCCACCAGCAGUGAAGAUAAACUCCGUCCUAUCAGAUAAUGGCUCUGACUGAACUGUUGAGGGCCCUGCACUAUUGGUUUUAUUGUCUUGUUUUUGGUCAAGGACCCUGAGGAUUUUCUGCCUGAUUUAGUGAAAAACACUCAGAGUUGUUUUUAUCAGUGUUUAAAACAUUUUAAUACUUUUUGCCUCUAAUGUUUUGUUUUGGAAACUCAGGACAGAAAGACAUUUUCCAUAGGACAUUUCCUAACUCACCUGUAUUUUUUUUGUUCUUAUUAAUAAUUUAUGCUGUCUGCAAAAGCUGGAUUUUUCUCACUCGCCAUUCUCUCCUCUACCACCCAUCACCUCAGUGCAUCUUUUUUUUUUUUUUUUAAAGGGAGCUUUUGAUUACAAAAUGUAAUGUUUAUGUCCAUGUAUUUAUAGGUUCUUCUUACAGAGAAGCUGACACCUGGGCCAAACUACCCCACUUUUGUACUGACACACAUCCCAUGUCUACCCACCUUGGUGAUUGUGCCUAAAGAUUUUUACUGUUACUUGCUCAAAGAGAGCUCUGCACUCUUUCUCUACAGUUUACCCGUCAGUCUGCUCUGAGGAGCAGACUCCUUCGUACCCUGCAAAACCUACUUCAGAUGUUUAUUCCUUUUAGGAUUUUAGAGUCUUCUAUGUAUUGGAGAAGCUGUUUGUAUUCCGUUUUAUGAUUAUUAAAGAGAACAAUAACUUUUUGGUUCAGAAAAACUUAUUCUGAUGAAUAGUCAAUUCAGACCUUUUGAGCUGACCGCAGCAGUUCAGUGGCUUUCUUUUCUAACCUACAUGAAUGUCACCAAGAUGCAGAAUGCAAAAACCAAAGGAAAACAGUUGAACUGCUGGUUUAUCAGAUCUGCAUGUUGGAUUACUUUAGCUUUUGACAUAUCAAAACCUGUUAAUCAAAUGCUUGAAAUGUAACACAUCAUUAGGCUCCAAAAAAAAGAAGUGUUUAUAACGUAAAAUAUUUAAUAAUACUUUGAAGAAAGAAAUAUGAUUUCUAGAGUCCUUCUUCACAGUGCCUUUCAUUUACAUUUAUGGCAUAUGGCAGAUGCCCUUAUCCAGCUUAUCUGGAGUGACUUAUGUUUAUCUCAUUUACACAACACUUGAGAGUUUAAGGGUCUUGCUCAAGCACCCAGCAGUGGCAGAUUGGCAGAGCUGGAUUUUGAACUUAGAAACAGUAGUCCAACAUGUCAAUCACUGAGCUACCACUCUUCCCACAUCUGUUGUCUUUCCUUUUGUUAUUAAAACAGAGCAAAGUGGCUGCACAAACUUAAGAGAAUAUCGUUUCACAUGCGGUGGGCAGUAUUCAACCCAUUAAAACAUCACGAAGGUGAAUGGGAGGAGAAAAAUGGAGAACCAGAGGAAGAGCAGGAUGCUGGCUAUUUGCACUGCCUACAUAGUCCCUUGAGCACAUAGCCCGUAGCUGAUUGUGUAAAUGCUAUGAGCAAACCACCAGCAGUUGCCACUCCUGUGUUCCACUCACCAUUAACACAAUGUUAGUUAUUCUGCCUAGAGAGACAGCAGCCAGUGUGGCAGAUUCCAUAGCCAUGUCUAUAGGCUCAUCUGAGUGUCCACAGAUGAGAAGAGUGGUGAGGUGGACAGAUGCUGCUUUGUUGUUCCAUGUGGUAAAUAGAGAAAUGUGGGGCAUUAGUACUAGUAGUGCAGUAGGUAGGAUUGGUGCAUCACAGGUCCAGAGUCUCCAGUUCGAACCUGAGCUCAGGUCACUGUCUGUGUGGAGUUUUGCAUGUUUUUCCUCUUUCCAUUUUCAAGAAACAUGCUGCAUGAACUGCCCUUAAUUGCCUCUGGGUAUAAACAAAAUGUAAAUACAUAUACAUGGGGGUAAUAAGUAUUCACUUACACAUGAAUUUAUAUAUUUUUUUUCAUUAAACACAGUUUCAAUGCCGGAGUUCUUAUGAAAUCUUGACCAGACAUUGGUACUACCUCAAGAAAUCUACACAGAUAAACAAAAUCAUAUUAUUAGUCAUUUUUAUGAUCGAUGCGGGAGUUAUUUAGCACAGCAAUGUUGUUGCGAAGGUCUUGGGAAAUCUCUUGAUCUCUACCCAUUAUAAGAUACUCCUUUUUCUAACCUAUCAACAAUGUCUUGGUGUACUUCUUUUUCUUAGUGUGUUCAAUACUUUUUUUCCUUGCCUUGUCAUGUUUGACUUCUAUAUCUGUGAGAGUUAAUACCAAUGUCUGGUUAAAAUGUCAUGUGAAUUGCUGCAUUGUGUUUAAUAAAAG